GAAGAGAAUUUUUUUUUAAAAAUGAGCAACUCUCUCUAGAGAACUUGGCGCAGCAACGGGCAGACUGCCGGCACCCUGCGGGCAGGGGAGAGGAGGCAGAGGCGAGCCCUUCACCCCACAGGCAGAAAUGCUCUGUGUUUGAAGUCAGAUGAGACAAAAUAAAGACAUGCAUGGAAAACCCUAACUUUGAAGACAACUGGCCUCCCAGUAUCCAGAUAUUCUUUUAAAGUAAGGGAAACAGAAUCUGGGGUCUUGCUCGCUCAUAUGCACUCCAGCACCCCUAUCAGUUCUUUGUUCUCCUUCACCAGCCCAGCUGUGAAGAGACUGCUGGGCUGGAAACAAGGAGAUGAGGAGGAGAAGUGGGCAGAAAAGGCUGUUGACUCCUUGGUAAAGAAGCUGAAGAAAAAGAAGGGUGCCAUGGAAGAACUCGAGAGAGCGCUCAGCUGUCCUGGGCAGCCUAGCAAGUGUGUCACCAUCCCGCGCUCUUUGGAUGGAAGAUUACAAGUGUCUCACCGCAAAGGCCUGCCGCAUGUCAUUUACUGCAGAGUAUGGCGUUGGCCCGACCUGCAGUCCCACCAUGAAUUAAAACCACUGGAAUGUUGUGAGUUUCCAUUUGGCUCAAAGCAGAAAGAAGUGUGUAUUAAUCCUUAUCAUUAUCGGCGUGUAGAAACCCCAGUGUUGCCACCAGUCCUGGUUCCAAGGCAUAGUGAAUUCAACCCACACCUCAGUCUCCUUGCCAAAUUCCGGAACACGUCCCUUCACAGUGAACCGCUGAUGCCUCACAAUGCUACUUACCCCGAGUCUUUCCAGCAGCCUCCCUGCACCCCUUUCCCCACAUCACCCAAUAUGUAUUCCCAGUCAUCUAGCAGUCUGAGCUACCCUGACUCCCCAGGAAGUUCUGCACCAGGAAGUCCCUAUCAGCUCACAGUUGAAACGCCACCUCCACCUUACAAUGCAAGAGAAACAACAGGAAACCACGAUGGACACCCUGUACACACAAUUGCAGACACUCAGUUAGUGCUGUCGUUGCCCAAUGGAGGUAAAUCUGCCGAUGAAGAACCUGAACACUUCCGACCAGUUUGCUAUGAGGAACCACAGCACUGGUGCUCGGUAGCUUACUAUGAACUCAAUAAUCGAGUAGGAGAAACUUUUCAGGCCUCUUCUCGAAGUAUUCUUAUCGAUGGCUUUACAGAUCCUUCAAACAAUAAGAACAGGUUUUGCCUUGGAUUGCUGUCUAAUGUAAAUAGGAACUCUACCAUCGAAAACACCAGGAGACAUAUAGGAAAGGGUGUUCACUUGUAUUAUGUUGGAGGAGAGGUAUACGCAGAGUGUGUGAGUGACAGCAGCAUUUUUGUACAGAGCCGCAACUGUAACUAUCAGCACGGUUUCCACCCAGCUACGGUCUGCAAGAUUCCCAGUGGCUGCAGCUUGAAGAUUUUCAACAACCAGCUCUUUGCUCAGUUGCUUGCCCAGUCAGUAAACCAUGGAUUUGAGGUGGUAUAUGAGCUAACCAAGAUGUGUACCAUCCGGAUGAGCUUUGUUAAAGGCUGGGGAGCAGAAUAUCAUCGUCAGGAUGUCACCAGUACUCCGUGCUGGAUCGAGAUCCAUUUGCAUGGACCAUUGCAAUGGCUAGAUAAGGUGCUAACGCAAAUGGGUUCCCCUCACAACCCAAUUUCCUCUGUCUCUUAAGGAAUCAUUUCCACAAACAACCUAUGGUAUGAACAGUAUUGUAGGCAGCAGCUUGUAGAAUUCUCAUGUUGCCGCCAAUCUAAGUUUCUGUAUGUAGCUGUAAAUAUAUAAAUGUAUGUACAUAGUAUAUUACCAGUGGCUUUUUUCCGUGUUGUAUUUUAUGUAAACUAGUUAACAAAAUGGUAGUGUCAUAUAGACCUUGGUUGUGUUUUAUGAGCUGGCAAGCUGAGUUUAGUAGGCUUGCUUGGGGAUUAAACAGUAAGACCAGUGUUUGUGCUCUGGAAUAAGUAUUGUGUAAAAAUUGGAAGUCAAGCAAGUUGGCACAUGAAAAUGAAAGGAACUAACUGUCUUGCAAGAGAGGAAUACAUUCAUGUAGCCAAUUUCUUGUUUAAUUGUUGCCAACCACUUACUUUUGGAAGCUUUGAGACAAAAGGUGAUGGCUUUGGCUGCCCUCAGUUUUGUCUGUGGGUUAUGGUACUCAACACAAAAGUUUAUUGUUUCUGAUCAUAAAUGUUGCAAUCUCACAUUCAGAUGGUUAGAUGGUUCCUUCUCCAUGCUUUUGAAGGUAGGGAAUUUAAAUUUCCUAUGUAUCUGUCAGACAAGGAUAAAACAAAACAGUGCAUGGCAAGCAAGCCUCUCCUUAUGAUCACCUGACACCGUGUUUAUUCUUUAUAUGCAAACUUACAUAGCCACUAUUUCUGAGAUUUCAUAACACCAGAAGAACAACUGCAGUAUGUUGUGAACAUCAGACUAUUGGUGAAUCACAUUCGUAAAUUGUUUACACCCUUUAUCUCUAAUUAUUCUCAGUAAGAAGCAGAACAGUACCAGUUUAUUUUGCUUGCAGGGCAGGGAAUGGAUGGUCUUGACCAAUUCUAGCCCUUAUGAUGGGUGCUGACACUUUCCUGCCCCUGAAUGCAAAAUAAGCAUGAAGAAAACAGUGUUCCACAAAAUAAUUUGGAAGCCAAGAACUGCAGAGGGAAGGUGCUUAGGACCAUCACCCACGUUUUGUUUCUCAGAUUGGUCUGGGGAAGCCAGUUUCAAAACAGAGUUGUACUUUCAUCUGCCUCUUGCUGGAAAAGAAAUAGGUGAGCGAGCAGGCAAAUGUAUUUUCCACAUCUUGCUUGAUUUCUGUUGGAGCAGCUAAACCCUGGCACCUAAGUGGAGUGUUUAAAAAGAUGGCAGGUGGAGAGUUUUAAACACAGAUGUUUCCAAAGAAGUAGCCAUAUUAGUCUGUCUCAGCAUGUUGGCAAAAUUAAAGGGAAAAAGGAAAAACAAAACAGAAUGACUAGGAAAUUUAUUUCUCUGUUAGCUUUUAUUGAUUAAAAUCCACUUCUUAAGA